CAGCAUUUCUGAGUCUGCUCUCAGCAUUUCUGAUGAAAAUAUUCUAUUUUAGUAAUUCAUUCAGAAGACUAAAAAGCAGAAAGUGGUGUUCUGGAUCUUCCCUAGCAUUUCUCCAUUAUUGCUUUCCCUUCUCCAACGGUUGACCAGAAUUGGUUUGAUGGACUUCACAUCUUCACCGUCGUUCUCGAAAUCGAAACACGAACGGAUUCACGACGUGUUCAUCAACUUCAGGGGAGAAGACACUCGCAAGAAGUUCGUUUCUCAUCUCCACUAUGCCCUCUCAAACGCUGGAAUCAACACCUUCCUUGACAACGAGAGUCUUUUCAAAGGAAUGCAGCCUCAUCAUGAACGCAUGCGAGCAGUAGAAGGAUCUCAGAUAGCGAUUGUAGUUUUCUCCCAAACCUACACUGAAUCCGCUUGGUGUCUUCAUGAGCUUGAACAAAUCAUCAAAUGCAACGAAACUCAGGGCCAAAGUAUUCUCCCUGUGUUUUACAAGAUUGACCCUUCCGAUGUACGUUAUCAGAGUGGUCAUUUUGGAAAAUUGUUGGAAGAAACUGCACGACGGAGAACUUAUUCAGGAGAACACCUGGAGCAUACCUUGUCCAGGUGGAGGUGUGCACUCAACAAAGCUGCAAGUUUCUAUGGUUGGGAUGUCAGCAGUUUCAGGAAUGAAGCUGAACUAGUGAGGCAAAUUGUUGACCACGUUCAGAAAUUACUGAGCUACGAAGUCUUGUCUAUUACAGAACAUCCUGUUGGACUAGAAUCCCGUACGCAAGAAGUGAUUGGGCUCAUUGAAACUCGUUCCUCCCAAGUCUGCAUGAUAGGGAUUUGGGGUAUGGGGGGAUCGGGGAAAACUACCGUUGCCAAAGCUAUCUACAAUCAUAUUCACCGUGCAUUCAUGAAUAAAAGUUUCAUUGAGAAUAUAAGACAAACUUGUGAAAAUCAUGGUAGAGGGUAUCUUCCUUUGCAAGAACAGCUUCUUUCAAAUGUCCUGAGAAAGAAGAUGGACAUACAUAGCGUUGGGAUGGGGAUAACUUUGAUCGAGAACAUACUUGCUGGAAAAAGGGCACUCAUUGUACUUGAUGAUGUGAACGAGUACAACCAAUUACAAGCUGUGUGUGGAAAUCGUAAAUGGAUUGGUCAAGGAAGUGUAAUAAUCGUUACUACUAGAGAUGUUAGCCUUCUUUAUAGACUUGAAGUUGAUUAUGUUUAUGAGAUGGAUAAAAUGGAUGAAGACGAGUCCCUUCAGCUUUUCAGUUUUCAUUGUUUUCGAGAUGCAAAACCAAAAGAAGACUUCAGUGAACUUUCAAGAAACGUCGUUGCUUAUUGUGGAGGACUACCUCUGGCUCUUGAAGUGCUUGGUUCUUAUUUAUUUGACAAGACGUCAAAGAGAGAGUGGGAAGGUGUGUUGUCGAUGCUAGAAAAAAUUCCCAAUGAUGAGAUUCAGCGGAAAUUACGAAUAAGCUUUGAUAAUUUAAGCAAUGACAUGGAGAAGGAUAUAUUUCUUGAUGUAUGUUGUUUCUUUAUUGGUAAAGACAUUGGUUAUGUCACGGACAUACUAAAUGGUUGUGACCUAUGUGCUGAUGUUGGAAUACCGGUUCUCAUAGAACGUGGCCUCAUCAAAGUAAGAAAGAACAACAAACUUGAAAUGGAUUCUUUACUACAAGAAAUGGGAAGAGAGAUAAUUCGUGAAGACUCAAGAAAGGAGCCUGGGAAGCAAAGUCGAUUGUGGUUUCAAAAGGAUGUAGUUGAAGUAUUGACAAAGAAUACUGGGACAGAAGCUAUUGAGGGAUUGGCUCUGAAAAUGCAUUUGACUAGCGGAGAUUUCUUCAAAGCCGAUUCUUUUCAGAAAAUGGAGAGAUUGAGACUCUUGCAACUCCAUCAUGUACAACUUGCUGGAAAUUAUGGGUACCUUUCUAAGCAACUGAGAUGGAUAUCUUGGCAAGGCUUUCCUUCAAAAUUUCUGCCAAACAACUUUUAUAUGGAUCAUGUAAUUGCGAUUGAUUUAAAACACAGUCAUCUUCGAUUCCUCUGGAAACAAUCCCCGGUUUUGAAGUGGCUAAAAGUCCUUAAUCUCAGUCACUCCAGAUUCUUGAUAGAAACCCCUGAUUUUUCGAGACUACCAAGUCUUGAGCAGCUCAUUCUCAAAGAUUGUCCAAGUUUAUUAGCGAUACACAAAUCCAUUGGUGAUCUGCGUAAUAUUUUAUUGAUAAAUUUGAGGGAUUGUACAAGCCUAACCAAUCUCCCCAAAGAGAUAUAUGAGUUGAAAUCUGUGAAAGUAUUGAUCCUUUCUGGUUGUUCAAAGAUUGACAAAUUGGGAGAAGAUAUGGCACAGAUGGAAUCCUUGGUAACUCUAAUUGCUGAUGAUAUUUAUGUGAAACAGGUCCCCUUUUCAAUAGUAAGCUCGAAAAGUAUUAGAUAUAUAUCCUUAAGCGGAUUUGAAGGACUGGCACGAAAUGCUUUUCCUGUUAUCAUCCGGUCUUGGAUGUCACCAACAAUGAAUCCCCUCUUAUAUACUCAUCCGUUUUAUGUCACAUCAUGUUAUCUGGUUUCCAUGAUUACACAGAAUAAUACUUUUGGUGAACUUGCACCAAUGCUUACAAGCCUUCCAAAUCUUCGAAGUGUGUUGGUGCAAUGUGAGACAGAGUCUCAAUUAUCUAAACAUGUAAAAACAAUUCUGGUUGAAGAUGCUCUAAGUUUUAGAGAAUCAGGAAUUUCAAGGCAUCACUUGAGGUCUUCUUUGAUUGGAGUUGGAAGUUACAAAGCAUUCUUCGAUAUUCUCAGCAAUAGGAUAUCUGAGGGAUUGGCAAGCAAUGAGGCAUGUGAAGUUGUACUUCCAGGUGACAAUUAUCCUUAUUGGUCGGCCCAUACAGGUGAUGGACAUUCGGUGUAUUUCACUGUGCCUGAAGACCGUGGCAUGAAGGGAAUGGCUUUGUGUAUUGUUUAUUUCUCAAACCCCGAAAUGAAGCCGACCGAAUGUUUCACUAGUGUCUUAAUUGCUAAUUACACAAAGCGCACCCUGCAGAUACACAAGCAAGACACUGUGAUUUCCUUUAAUGAUGAAGAUUGGAAGGAGAUAAUAUCACAUUUGGGAGGUGGAGACAAGGUGGAGAUUUUUGUGACUUUUGGUGAUGACUUGGUGGUCAAGAAAACUGCUGUCUAUCUGAUUUAUAGUGAAUCAAAUGAUAUAGAAAUUGAGCCGACUCACGGUGAAUCGAAUGAUAUAGAAAUUGAGCCCAUGGAUUGUGAAGCAAAUGAUAUCAAAAUUGAGUCUAUGAAUUCUGAAUCAAAUCUCUUGGAAAUGUAUGGUGAAUCAAAUGAUAUGGAUAUGACAGAAACCGGAAUCCAAGGCGACGUGUUCAUCCAUUUUUCGGGAGACGAGAUCCGUCGGAAUUUUGUUUCUCAUCUCAAUUCUGCCCUUUUACAGGCUGGAGUAGAACCUUGCCUCCUUGCCAUGCGAAUGAAGUGGGAACAUUUUGUGGCAUCAAUUAAAAUGUUUCAGAUUGGAAUUGUUGUUUUAACAAAAGAAUACAGUGAAUCUCUUGGGUGUCUUGAUGAGCUCGAACGAAUCAUUGAAUGUCACAAAAUUCACGGCUUAAUGGUUAUGCCUGUCUUUUACGAAAUUGACCCAUCCGAUGCACACAUUCAGAAUGGUGGUUUUGGAGAUGCGCUGAAAGCAACUGCACAAGGAAUAUUUACAAGAGAAUAUCUAGAAACUGGGUUGUCUACGUUGAGCAGCCCACUCACCGAAGCUGGCAAGUUGCAUAAAUGGGAUGAGACCAAACACAGUGGAAGGAAUGAUGCUGAGCUAGUGGAGGAAAUUGUUAAGUCUGUUCUUGCUAAACUAGACCGCGUCUUGUCUAUAACUAAAUUUCCUGUUGGACUAGAAUCCCACGUGAAAAAUGUGAUUAGAUUGUUUGAAAAUCAACCCACCGAAUUUUGUAUGAUAGGGAUAUGGGGAAUAGGAGGAUCAGGUAAAACUACCUUAGCCAAAGCCAUCUAUAAUCAAAUUCCUUAUACAUUUGGUGGUAAAAGUUUCAUUCAAGAUAUUAGAGAAGUUUGUGAAACAGAUGGCAGAGGCCUUGUUCAUUUACAAGAACAACUUCUCUCAGAUGUCCUUAAAACAAAAUGGAAGAUAGAGAGGGGUGAGAUGGAAGAAACUAUGAAUGAGAUCAGACAUUCUGGAAAAAGGUUGUUCAUUGUGCUCGACGAUGUGAACGAGAUAGACCAAUUAAAACAACUAUGUGGAAAUGGUAAAUGGUUUAGUCGAGGGAGUGUAGUAAUCAUAACAACAAGAAAUUUAGACCUGCUUUAUCAAUUUAAUGUUGAUUAUGUUUAUGAGAUGGAUGAGCUGGACGAAAGUGAUUCUGUUGAACUUUUUAGUUGGCAUGCUUUUGGAGAAGCAAAACCGAGAGAAGACUUCAAUGAACUUGCAAAAUCUGCAGUUACUUAUUGUGGUGGACUACCACUCGCACUUGAAAUCCUUGGUUCUUUUUUAAGAAAGAGGUCAGAGAAUGAAUGGAAAAGUGUAUUGUCAAAACUAGAAAUAAUUCCCAAUACUCAAGUUCAGAACAUACUAAGAAUAAGCUUUGACGGCUUAUGUGUAAUGGAAAAGGAUAUAUUUCUCGAUGUAUGUUGUUUUUUUAUUGGUAAAGACAGAGACUAUGUUACAGAAAUACUAAAUGGUUGUGGACUGCAUGCUGAUAUUGGAAUAAUAGUUCUCAUAAAACGUGGUCUUAUAAAAAUUGAAAAGAACAAUAAACUUGGAAUGCAUCGUUUGCUCCUGGAUAUGGGACGAGAGAUUGUGCGUCAAAGUUCGACAAUGCAACCUGGGAAGCGCAGUCGAUUGUGGCUUCGCAAGGAUGUACUUGAUGUAUUGAAAAAGAAUACUGGGACAGAAGCUAUUGUGGGAUUGUCUCUGAAUUGUCAGCUACCGAACAGUGAUUUCUUCGAAGCUUAUGCUUUUGAGAAAAUGAAGAUGUUGAGAUUCUUGCAACUGGAUCAUGUACAAAUGACUGGAGAUUAUGGGUAUCUUUCUAAGCAACUGAGAUGGAUCUACUGGCAAGGAUUUCCUUUAGAAUCCAUACCUAACAACUUUUACUUGAAAGGUGCAAUUGUGAUGGAUUUCCAACGCAGUAACCUUAGACUAGUGUGGAAAGAACCCGAGGUUUUGCCGUUGCUAAAAAUCCUCAAUCUUAGUCAUUCCAAGUACUUGACAGAAACUCCAGACUUUUCAAAAUUACCGAAUCUUGAGAAGCUCAUUCUCAAGCAUUGUCCAAGUUUGCGCAAGGUACACCAAUCCAUUGGAGAUCUACACAAUCUUCUACUAGUAAAUUUGAAAGGUUGUAUAAACCUAAGCAAUCUCCCAAGUGAGACAUAUAAGUUGAAAUCUUUGAAAACUCUUAUCCUAUCUGGUUGUCUGAAGAUUGGUAUCUUUACACAAGAUAUACUGCACUUGGAAUCCUUGAUAACUCUAAUUUCUGAAGAUACUGGUGUGAAACAAGUUCCCAUUUCAGUGGUAAGCUCAAAAAGCAUUGGAUACAUACUUCUAGACGAGAAAAAAGGAUUAUUACUAGCUGAUUUUCGUUCAAUCAUUUGGUCUUGGAUGUCCCAUACUUUUAAUCCCCUGUAUCAUAUUCGUCCAUUUCGAGGCAUUUCAUUAUCUCUAAUUUCCAUGAAUACGGAGAAUAAUGAUUUGGGAGAUCUAGCACCAAUCCUUAGCAGCAUUUUAAAUCUGCGUACUGUUUUAGUGCAAUGUGUCACUGAGUAUCAAAUAUCUCAAGUAAGAACAAUUUUGGAGGAAAUUCGUGGUGCUACUUGGACUACGUUGAAAAUAAGACCUUCUACACCCGAAAUUUCGAACCAUCCCUUAAGAUCAUAUUUGAUUGAAUUUGGAGGUUAUCAAGAAGAAGUCUUCAAUACUCUUCGCAAGAGCAUUUAUGAGGGAUUGGCAGCCAGACAGACGGGUAAUGUUUCUCUCCCUAGUGAUAAUUAUCCUCAUUGGUUAACUUAUAUGGAUGAGGGACACUCGGUCUAUUUCACUAUGCCAAAAAAUUUUCACACGGAUGGAAUGAUAUUAUGUGUUGAGCAUUCAUCAACCUUUGGAGACCCAACUGACUGUCUUGAUAGUGUCUUAAUUGUUAAUUAUACAAAGUGCACAAUCCAAUUAUUCAAGCGAGACACAAUCACUUCCUUUAAUGAUGUAGAUUGGCAGGGCAUGAUAUCACAUCUGGCAUAUGGAGAUAAGGUGGGGAUUUUUGUUAUUUUUAGGGAUGGAUUUGAAGUCCGGAAGACAAGUGUCUAUCUAGUGUGUGAUGGAUCAAUUGACAGAAUGUCAAUGUAACUAGUGUUAGGAAUAAGAUAAUAAAAGGAGACAAAAAUAAACGACACAAAAAUUUAAUGUGGUUCAACAUACAAUUUGUAUGCCAACAUCCACCGACUACACUAGGAAAUAUUUUAUUUUUGUGUUUA